AGAGCUAGGAUAUUUUGAAAAGAAGAUAAGCAAGGGAAAAGAGAUAAGGACUUAUGAAAAAAAAUCAAAGAUAUAGGAAAUAUAUAAACAAAUAGGACAAAUAUUUGAGGCUUGUGAAUUGAAACUUUAGAUCAAGGGGUGCACAGCUGGGAAAAUUGCAAAAGAAGACCUUCGAUUUGAAUUUAUGUUCCGCGUCCUAAGCUUUUAAUUCAGGCUGCACUGAAAAUGGCACGCUCUUUGCCACAGUUGCUCCUAGACUACCUGACUAAGCGCCGGAUCCACAGAAACCGGUUGGUCACAAAGGAUGGUCACUGCAACAUCGCAUAUGGCAGUGUGACACACAGCCAAUUUUUCAUUUACUUUUUAGACUUCUGGACUACUUUAAUGGAAAUGCGCUGGCGUUACGUCCUCUUUCUCUUUGCAGCCGCCUAUGUUCUUGGCUGGUUCAUCUUUGGACUACUCUGGUACUGGGCUGCUUUUGCUAAUGGUGACCUAUACUGGCAAAACCCACCACCUGACCAUAACCCUUGUGUAAUUAAUGUUUUUGAUUUGACUGGUGCCUUCCUUCAGUCUAUAGAAAGUCAGAUGUCCAUUGGUUUUGGUUAUCGAAUGAUCACUACAUAUUGUCCAAGUACCAUCACUAUAUUAACAUUUCAGGUUGUCUUUGGGACGGUGAUGAUCUGCUUUUGGUGUGGGGUAAUUAUGACUAAAGUUGCCCGGGGAAAAAAAAGAGGCAAAACCAUCAAUUUUAGCAAGAUUGCGGUUAUUUCCUCUCAUAAAGACAAACUCUGCUUGCAGAUACGAGUUGCAAACAUUCGCAAAUCUCUAAUGGUCGGGAGUCAGAUCUAUGGAAAACUUCUUCAAACAACUAUCACACCUGAAGGUGAGACCAUCAUAAUGGACCAGAUCAAGAUAGAUUUCUUUGUAGAUGCUGGAAAGGACAACCUCUUCUUUGUCUGUCCGUUGACUCUGUACCACAUCAUUGAUGAAUCAAGUCCAUUUUUUCAUAUGACAGCACAAACCAUUCAGCAGCAGGAGUUUGAGUUAGUGGUGUUUCUCGACGGCACUGCAGAGUCCACCAGCUCUUCCUGCCAGGUCAGAACGUCUUAUCUUCCUAAGGAGAUCUUGUGGGGCUAUCAGUUCCUCCCUAUCAUCUCACGCAGCAAAGAGGGAAAGUAUCAUGUAGAUUUCUCCAACUUUGCCAAAGUGGCUCCUGUAGAAACAGUACAUUAUGCCAGUCACUUUGCAGAGUCCUCAAAUGGCUUCCAUGGCUUAUAAUCCUCUCAUGGAGACAGGUAUGAGAAGACAAAAGUUAAAAAAACAGUUCAGUGCUACCUAUGUGUAAUGUAUGCACGUUUUUAAGUAUAGAUUUACCCUUAUUAUAGGGAUACUUCCUUCUUAUGCCUAUUACAGAAAUAUUAAGUAAUUAUGCUUUAUCACCUUGUUAGUCAGAGAUGUAGCUUCAACAUACCA